AUGUUACAGCGAUAUCGCCGUGCUCUUGGAUUUUGCUCAAGAAAACAGCAUAUCAAAGUGAAAUCAACACGAGCUCAACUUGAAAAACGACGCUUAUUUUCCAUAGAACAUCAAAAUACUAAUAUCCUAAAAUGGAUUUCUAUUGAAGAAACACAGAUACGAUUACGUAACUCUGGUACAAUCGUUUGGGUGAAGCGUGACGAACCAACACCAAUUCAUGAAAUUUCUCCUCUUCGUGUCUCUGUCGAUUGGUGGGGUGCGAUUUGGUGA